AUGACCAAGACUGUUGAUGAAGCUAAGGUUCUUAUUGAGAAUCUUGCAGCUAGUGAUUGUAACAACUGUCCUGAUUAUGACCGCUCAAGCCGCACCACUACUAGCUCCCCUGAUUCUUUUCAAAUGACUGAACUCAAGAACAUGAUGGCUCAAGUUCUUAAGGGACAGCUCAAGCAUAUCAAUGCAAUAGAAGGGAUGAGUGAUGCUAAUGAAGAUUCAUCAAGAGAAUGCAUGGGAGAUUUCUCUAAUGAAGCCAAUGAAGAAGAUGUGAACUACAUUGGAAACUAUGGGAACAAGGGAUACAAUCCAAGCUAUCGCCCAAAUCCCCAACAUCCAAGGCAAGGAUAUGAGCAGAGAUCAUCAUAUCCGCCCAAGGAGCCAUAUGCUUCUUCACCAAAUCAAGCUCCUCCAAACCAACAAGGUGGGAGAUUUGAAGGAAUCCUCCAACAGAUCAUGGAUGGCCAGAAGAGAAACACUAAAGAGAUGUAUGAGAAGAUGGACACUUUGUUCAGCAAUCUCAACACCAAGUAUGAUGCUGUUGCCACUCAUGUGAAGAAACUAGAGACUCAAGUCACUCAAACUAUGGAAGCUGUUAAGAGACAGGAAGCUGAAUCCAAGAAGUCCUUUUGCAACUCAGCCGCCAUAGAAGAAAGAUUUGAAGACCAAGUUCCAGAAUGGAUGCUUUCAAAACCUACUGUUGAUUGCAUGAUUUGGCCUGAAGAGAAUUACCCAGAGAGAGAGUCCAAUCGAGCUAGAAAGAGAAGACUCUUCCCAAAGAUUAUCCCCAAGACAGAUAACUCAGGAAAGUUUGUGUGCCUUGUAUCAUCAAAGAUUGGAAAUUGCUCUAUCCCUACUGAUUUCCAGAUUGUGGAAAUGAGAGAGAGUAGCCAUAGACCUCUCAUAUUUGGAACCCCUUUCCUGUCUACUGUGGGUGCCAUAUUUGAUUUCCCCAAUCAAAGAAUCUCUUUCAACAAGGUGAACAAGGGUAUGUUCUUCCCUAUGUGUUCAACAAAGAACUCUUUUGUUGACAUGGUCCAAGAGGAGAAAGCUACUUUGAAGCCACCCCAAGAAGGAGAAACUGAAGAAACAAUCAAGGAAGAUCCCAUUCCUAAGCCCAAGCAGCUUGCCAAACAAGCAAGGAGUAAGACUAAGGCCCCUACACCAAAACCGCCCAAGGGAUCAACCAAGAUUGAAGAUGAGGCCAAGCCAAGAAGGAAGGAUAGAAGGAGAAAAAGGUGUGAAAACACAAUCCGCGCCAAACCAUUGGCCGCGGACGCGCAAAGGAAAUUUGGCCGAGCAAUUCCAACCGGGCCGACCGUCACGGUCGAGCCGGGAAGGAAUGGCUUGUGCUCGGCCGGAUUAUCCAUCGCGCGACAAAAACCGUUCCGCGACACGCACGAACCGGAAGAAAUAGGCCGCGAUCGGCCGGAUUUUGUAUCGGAACGGACCGACCGUGCCGGUCGAUCCGGGAAACAAACUCGGCCUCGGCCGAAAUCUCUCGACCAAAACAAUUUGGCCGACCAAAUCGCUCGACCGCGACAAAAUCCAUCGGCCAUCGGCCCAAAACUUUUCUAG